GGAGGAACACUUCUCCGACAUCUGCAGUAAUGUGAAUCAGAAAGUCUGCUUCAUCUUAAAGAAACUUUCCCACUUGAAGUGCAUCUCCGUAAGACUUCAGAAAUGCUAUUUUGUGAACAUCUAAAAUAUAACGACAGUGAUAGUCGAGUUAAACUUGUCCGUAGCUGACGGAUAUUGACUGACAUUGUCGGAAAAAGUCUUGGCGAAUUAAUGUUCAUCCCUUCUACAUACGGGAUAGGUAGGCUAUGUGCGUACGUGAAGUAUUUAUUUAUAUUUUUAUUUAUUUUUACCGAUUCUAAAAAAUAUAAAGCCGCUUAAUUUUAUUUUGUAAAGAAGCUAAACGGAAUUUGCGCAAUUGUUAUGUUGUAGAUUUUUGUAAAGACCUUUGAGAGAGUUUUGAUUUUAAUCUGUUUAAUUAUUUGUUUUGAACAACGUUAUUAAGAACACUUCACCUUGCCUUGGUUUGCUUUACACUACAUCCCCCAAAUAAAUCUCCAGGAAUUAUUUUUUCUUUGUCUGUUCGGCGGCUGCCCUUCACCUGAUUCAAUGGGCACAUUGCUGUACUGUAACUCUAGUGGAGACGGAAGGCCAGACAAGGCAAGCCUCCCCUUGAUCAAGGACGGUGUUAAGGUUCUGUUCUUGGACUGCUCAGCUAGAGGUCUGGAGGAAUUCCCCCUGGUUCUGCUCCAGCUGGAAUACCUGGAGGAGCUGCACCUGGAGAGGAACCUGAUCCAGGCUUUACCUCAAGAGGUUGGCUUGCUGCAGAAGCUCCAGGUCCUGUACCUCCAAGAGAACUGCCUGAACCAUGUCUGUGAGGAGCUGGGGCAGCUGUCGCAGCUACGAUCCCUGGACCUGAGCAACAACCCCGUGGCCAGCAGCGAGAGGGGCCCCCUAAUGGUGGCGGUCCAACGGCUCAGCGAGCUUCGGGAGCUGCGUCUCCACGGCUUAGGUCUGACAGAGUUUUCAGACGGUAUCUGCAAGACCCUCCAUAAGCUGGAGCUGCUGGGGCUCUCUGGAAAUAGACUAGCCACGCUCCCCACCGAGAUAUCCAACCUGCGCUGUCUGAGGGAGAUCUAUCUGCGUGGGAACAGGCUGGAGGCCCUGCCCACCGGGCUCGGUGAUCUACCCUGCCUGGAGAUUGUGGACGUGGGCCACAACUCGCUGGUGUCCCUGAACCACGUAGCCUGCGGGCGCUCAUGGAGAAAGCUGUUCCUGGGUUUCAAUGGGUUCUCCUCCUUCCCCAAGUCCCUCUGCCACCUUGACCAGCUGACCAUCCUGGACAUCUCACAUAAUGGCCUGACCCGGCUACCUCGCGCAUUCCACACUCUCACUAGCCUGGUGGAGCUGGGGCUCUCCAAUAACCCCCUGCGCACCUUCCCUCCCCAGAUCUGCCGCCUCCCCUCGCUACAGGUGCUGUACCUGAGGAACACCAAACUCUCAGGCCUUCACCCCAACUUCAGCGACCUCCACAAGGUGCAGGUGCUGGAUCUGAGUCAGAACCGGUUUUCUGAGUUUCCAACCGAGAUCUGCUCCCUGAUCAGCCUAGAGCAGCUGUCUUUCGAUGACAACUACUUGAAAGAGAUUCCUGUGAGCAUUAAGGCACUCUCCAUGCUAAAAUGUCUUGGACUGACAGGCAACCAGUUUCCUUCCUUCCCAGAGGGAGUAUGCGGCCUUCAAUCACUGGAGAGGCUUUUUCUCGGCCAAGACCAGGGGCUCAAGUUAACUUCUGUCCAUGAAGGCAUCUCCCAACUCCAGAGUCUCAGGGAGCUGUAUCUUGAGAACAACAGUAUCAAAUGCCUCCCAGAGUCCGUUGGAGACUUACAGAGAUUAGAAAUCCUGGACUGUCACAGCAACCAACUUACGACCAUACCAGAUGCCCUCUGCUGUUUAAAUGGUUUGGCAGAGCUCCGACUGCAGGGGAAUAGGCUGAGCCACCUGUCACACCGAGUUACCCAACUGCAGAGCCUGAAGGUCCUUCUGCUGGAAGGAAACCCCCUCACCGACCCCCCCUCAGAGGUCUGUGAGCAGGGCUUGGCUGCCAUUAAGCAGUACCUGCAGGAGAAGGCCCGCCUAUUCACCAAGGCUACAAAGAUCCAGGCGUGGUGGAGGGGGGUGAUGGUGCGCCGAAGGCUGGGACCUUUCAAACGUCUGGAGAGCAAUAAGAAAGGAAAGCAAAAGAAAGGCAAAGGCAAGAAGAAGAAACCUGCAGGCAAAGCAAAGAAAGGGGCAAACAAGAAAACAAAAUAAAGCAGACUGCUAAAAUCGAAUUAUUUUAAUU